AUGCCGACCCUCACCCACCUCUCCAUCGACGAAAGUUGGCAUGCGUUGCGUCCCGGCGUUAAACCCCCUCCACCGCAAAACCCGAUUGUCACGACAACUUUUCUAGAACAUUUCAUCGUCAACCCAGGCGACAAACGCUCUCGUGACUUCCUUCCCCGACUAACAGACCUAACCCUCACUGUUUUCCCACUCGAACCCUCCGACCAGCAAGCGUUAGAGCGUACGCUGGCCUCCAGAGUCACUACUCUACGAGCACUCGUCCUCACCGUCCUGGUAUCAAACGAGGUUGAAUGCAAGUCAGAUUAUGAUUCGAUAACGUGUUUCAGAGCUGCCGGAACGCGAGUUCAUUGUUCGUUUCAAGUGACUAGUGUCUGA